AUGGCGACUAGUACCCAGUCCUUAUCUGCGUUCAGCAAUGAAGAAUUGCGUAAAAUCUUCAAACCCGCCCUUCAACGACUUCGAACAAUCCUCAAUAAUCACCAGCAUUUGCCUCAGGAUGAAGACUGGCCGCACAAGGUGCGGCGGGCGGUUAUGGGUCUUGUGAAGAUAUGUAAUAAAAUCCCAUCGACGUGUCCCCUCUAUGCCGGUCACCCCAUCAAAGCGCUCUUCGACCAGAUUCGUGCCAAACCCGGACUGCUCCAUCCCGGCACCCCGCUCGACCUAUCCUUCUUGAAGGACGUCAAACCAGACGAAUCCUUAUACCUUGACCCAUUUGACGAGCACCACCCCCACGCGUAUAUCGACCAAACCCUCGACUUUAUCGCCCAAUGGCAGAUCCCUCCACUUUCUUCGGAUCCACCUGCCCACCAAUCGGGAAUGGCCAACGACAAGGGAACCUCCACAGGGAAAGGAAAGGAAAAGGAGAACGAGGGUGGUGGUACUGCCGACCGCGAAGCAAACGGCGAAGCAGGGGACGAGGAGGAGGAGGAGGACGAGGAGGACGAGGACAAGGACAAGGAGGUGCACAACCGGAGCCCCAUGGCUAUCAGGCGGUCCCCGCGCAAACGAGCCACUACUUCGGGUGCUCCUGGUGGAGGAUCUGGUUCAGGAACUCGCGCCGCCUUCGUUCUCUGCGACCGAUGUUUGAAAGCCAAGGCUCUCGCCGAACAUUCGAAAGCUCUAGGCAAGAAAUUCGACCAAAGCAAUCUCGAACCGCCCUGUACACCUCCCGGCAGUGGAAGUUGUCCUCGUUGCGCUAACGGCAAGAAAAAAUGCGAAAGGCUUCUCAACGGUGACGCCAUCAAAGCCCUAGCCGUUGCUCUGAAGCGCGGUCGCCAGCGUAAGAGCGCAGUAGCCCCCGACGACCCCGCCCUCCAACCGCCGCAAAGCAACCAAGAAGUAUCGACCGUCAAGAAGUCCUCCAAGCGCAAGAGCGCCGCUUACAUUGAGGACUCCGACGUCGACAGCAACAGCCCUGCCGCCGCCGCCGAUUCAGAGAAUACCCCCGCCGCCAAGAAACCGCGCAUGGACCACGCAAAGUCCGUGCCCGCCUCCGAGCACGACAGUUCAAAAGCGGGGGUGAAGGCCAAGCCUAUCGCGAAACGGAUGGGCAAGGGGUCCAAGGCCACCACACCUCUGGAUCCUCUGUACGUCUCGGCAAUGCCGCCUGGUCCAUCGACCGUGGACGCGCAGAUUGUCUACGCCGGGACGAAAGAACUGGGCCCGCUGUAUCACCCGACAAACGCCCAACCCAUGGUUUUCAGCAAACCGCUGUCAAUUGCGCCGCCCACCGACUCCACGGUAAUCCCCGCCUAUCACACAGAGUUGCCCACCGGCAAUAUUGUGGCUGACUUAGUGAACUGUACAUCGAAGCAAGACGCCUUCGAAGGUCGGAUGAACCAGGCGGAGUCGCGCGUUCGCGGUCUGACUGCCGCCGUGAACAGGUUGGAAGAGACAACUCGUACCCCCACUGUUCGUCGCGGUGAAUUCGAUGAGCUGCACCGGAAGAUCGCAUUUCUGGAGAAGGACUUCAACGAACGCGAGGCCAGACUUGAAAAAACAACUGACAGCGCACUGGCAUUGGUUCGGACCUGGGAGGAGCGGAUGAAGGCGUAUGAGGCGCGGAUGGAAGGCAUUGAGGAGAGGAUGGUGGAACUCACCAAUAAAGUGGAUAGUGCGGCCAACAAUUCGGUCAACCAACGGGUGUCGGAUCUCGACAGAAAAGUCGAGCACGCGGUUACGACAUGCUCCAAGGCAUCGCGCGAGGCAGAGAAUCUUCAGCAAGAAGUCAAGAGGGACCUCAAAGGUCUUUACGUUGUGGAAGGAAACGUCCGGGAACUCCUGGGCAGGAUGGCGGAUGCCGAACGGCAGUUGGAAGCGCUGGGCGAGCGGUGCCAAGGGUUACAGGGCGACAGCGACGAGAUUUGGGAUCGCCUUACGACAUCGGUCAACCAGAGUACCCUUGAGGCGGUACUUGACAGGUUAGGAGGGGCUCCACGAUGCAGCGACAGUCGCACUUUGGUCGACAGAGGGACAAGUCCUGCAGGAGAAAUUCCAGCCGCAGCGCCUCCGCAGGUGGUGAGUCGAGCGACGAGUCCGCUUCCCGCCCCGCUUCAAACCGAUUUCACCGACCGAGCGACGAGUCCCAUCCCCGACCAAACACUGCACCCGACCCGCCUCAAUAUCACGGAUGCCGCCCCGAUUGACCGCCCCGCCUCUACAUUCACCGCCCCGCCGUCCGCCUCAGUGGCAGCCGCCACCGCCCUUCGAUCGCCGCCAGCGCCACUCUUUAUUCCUCCUGAUAGCGCCGGGUCUGAAGGACCGUCUCCGGCUCCUGAUGAUGUAGCCCCUGACUCACCGUUGUCCCCCCCUCCAGACGAUCCUGAGGACUUGGUGGUGGGUGCUCGGCGGAAGGCCACCAAAGUCCAGGUCAAUCCAGAAGGUGCGGCGGCCAUUGGAACCCGGCGGUCUAAGCGACCAAAAAAGAGUUAG